AACAACAAACAGUUGUUGAACAAGCUAACGAGUGGCAGCGCCGGACAGAAGCAGGUUCAGCGGACUUGUCCCGGACAGACAGAGACUCGAGACACCUGACCGCCCGCGAUAUCUCAAGGAUUUAGCGCCGAGGAGUCCCCGCUGUUUGGGCCGGGAACUCACGCUCCGGCUCGGAUCCCCCCCAGCGCCGACGCUAGCCACCGAAACAUGCCCGCUGCUCGGAGUGUGACGCCUGUUUUUCGUCUGGCUGCCGUUGGUCGACGGUUGUGAUGCGAACCGAGCCGCAGCGCGACAGAGGGAGCGACGAGGGCUCCAGCCGGAAAACACAGCUCUCCGCACGGGAGAAUGGACUUUGUCGCGGGUAAACAGACGGGCUCAGUCGGGGACGCAGGCACGCAACCGCACACGGGCCUGGAUGUCAUUGUUGGGCAACAACUUUAGCAAGCUAGCUAACGUUAGCUCGCUCAAAUUCAUGCAAACGAGUCGGGUUCGGUGGAGGGCAGGGAGCUCACUUUGCUAGCGGUAAUGGAGGCACCCUGAGCGACUUGUUCGUUUCAUUUGUCCACUUUAACACUGUCGACUAUGUGCUGACCAGCCUUCGGUCGGUUCUCUCCGAGUGAUAGGACUCUGUUGGCAGACAUUAUUGAGUGGUGGUUGCCCUGCUGGGCGAUAGUUGAGGAAAGUUUGGCUAAUAUAUAAUUACUGACACAGUUUCUGUUUCGCACAGGUAUCUCAUAUAUAUUUUUCUUUUUGUAUUGACAUUUGUGUAAAACUGCACUUUAAUUAGCCAAUUUUGUCAAGGAUGCACAGAAGUCACAUGUGAAUUGGGGUUUGUGAAAAAACUGUAAUGUAAAUCACCCCAAGUACAAUAAACCAGUCAAGAUAUAGGUUAAAUAAUCAGAUUGCACUUGAAUAUAACUCGGUGAGUUAAGGACCCUUAAAGGUGCCUAUACACACACAUUGUCAGACGGAGACGGGCUUGUCCUUAUCAGCCAGCACCUAGUUACUGUUUAAUAUAAUAUACAGGCUGUCUGGCACAGUUAAAGAUUGAGGUUCACUGGAAAUGACACCAUGAAUAUCGAAGAGCAGCGUCUAGAUUUAUGCAAUGCAAAGACAAGAAGCAACGUGGAUGAUGAUCACAACACCACCAACAACACAGAAGGAGUCACCCCUCGGAUCUCUGAACUGAUGACUGAUAGCAACACUGAAAAGCAAAGCAUUGUUCCCACAGAGGCCUCGGACACGUACGUGAUGCCUGAGCUCACCGACAACCUGCAGGCAGCUGAGGAGAAUAACCACCAGGUACAAGACACACUGGAAAUUGAUGAGCUCAAUGGAAAUGGGACGAGCACUGCCCAAAACACCCCCGUGAUAGCUAACCCCACUGACUUCAUCUUCUCUAAUGAGGAGCACAAGGGUGAUAUCGGGGUGGAGGAAAUGAAGGAGGAUAAAGACAAUGAUGUUGUUGUUGGUGGGAGGCAUGAUAGAGGGGACCCGGACACAGGUGUGGCUCUGAGUCUGGACAAGAGUGCGGAGUUGGAGGCUGAUUCGACAAACGCCACCUCGUUGUUAGACAACGAUUUAGAGUCGGAGUCUCCGUCUCAGGAUGUCCCGGCUGGCAGCACAGCAGAAAGCCUGUCCAAUGAAAGCCAGCCGAGCAGCACAGAGUCGCCUGCCCCGGACCAGGUUGGACUGUACCCCUCUGUGGAGGAGGCGGAUGAUAAACACAAACCAAGUGGCAAAAGGGUGACGUUUCCGUCAGAUGAGGACAUUGUCUCUGGAGCAGUGGAGCCCAAGGACCCCUGGAGACAUGCUCAGAAUGUGACUGUGGAGGAGAUCAUUUCUUCCUACAAGCAGGCCUGUCAGAAACUCAACUGUAAACCUAUACCCAAAGUGCUCAAACAGAUACAGGAAUUGAAAGACCUGACACAGCGGAACGAAUGCUUAGAUCUCAAAGGUGAGAAGCUGGACUAUAAAGCAUGUGAGUCUCUGGAGGAGAUUUUGAAGAGGGUCCAGUUUAAAGUGAUAGACCUGGAGCAGACCAACCUGGAUGAAGACGGUGCAUCAGCUCUGUUUGACAUGAUCGAGUAUUAUGAGUCCGCCACACAUCUCAACAUCUCCUUUAACAAGUACAUUGGCACGCGGGGAUGGCAGGCAGCAGCUCACAUGAUGCGAAAGACGAGCUCUCUGCAGUAUCUCGAUGCACGUAACACGCCCCUGCUGGAUCACUCGGCUCCCUUUGUGGCACGAGCGCUCAGGAUCAGUGGCAGCUUGGCAGUCCUCCACCUGGAGAAUGCAGGCCUAUCUGGCAGGCCACUCAUGUUACUGGCCACGGCUCUGAAGAUGAACAUGAAUCUGCGGGAGUUGUACCUCGCAGACAACAAGCUCAAUGGCCUGCAGGACUCUGCCCAACUUGGCAACCUGCUCAAGUUCAACUAUAACAUCCAGACCCUGGACCUGCGUAACAACCACAUCCUGGACUCUGGUCUGGCCUACGUGUGUGAGGGACUGAAAGAACAGAGGAAAGGCCUUGUCACUUUGGUGCUAUGGAACAAUCAGCUCACACACAACGGCAUGGUCUACCUAGCUGCUGCACUGCCAUGCACUCAGAGUCUGGAGACUCUGAACCUUGGCCAUAACUCGGUGGGUAAUGAAGGGGUCCACAAGCUUAAAGACGGACUGAUUGCCAACCGCUCUGUGCUCAGACUGGGCCUUGCUUCCACCAAACUGUCCUGCGAAGGAGCGGUGGCGGUGGCUGAAUUCAUCGCUGAGAGCCCCAGACUGGUGCGCCUGGACCUUCGGGAGAAUGAGAUCAAGACGGGUGGACUGAUGGCCCUGUCGCUCGCCCUGAAGGUCAACACCUCUCUGCUGCGUCUCGAUCUCGACCGGGAGCUCAAGAGAGAAACUGUGAAGAGCUUCCUUGAGACCCAGCGUGAGCUGCUGACUGAGAUCCAGAAUGGUUGCAAGAGGAACUUCAUCCUGGCCAAAGAGAAGGAGGAAACCGAGCAGAAGAUGAGGCAGUCCGCAUCCAUGGCUGAAAUCGCCACAGAGGAUGGAACCGUAGAAGAAGAGGAGGAGGAAGCACCAGCAUCAGAGGAGAAAGAUGACAAGGACGGGAAAGAAGGAGAAAUAGUGGAGGUGAUCGAAACAACAGGAAAAGAAGAACAGGCAAGCAUCCAGUCUGGAGCGAGCUCUGAGACGAACGUGGAGUCUGAUUCAGACACUGAGGAUGAGGAGGAAGAGGAGGUGAUAACAAAGUCCUGCUCCACAAACACAAACCAGGCUGCUCCGCAAACCCAGCAGGAGGCCGUACAGCCCCCCCUCAGUGCCUCUGGGACUUCCUCGUCCCCGUCUGAUCCACCUGCAGGAGUGCCAAGUAUCAUUCCGGGCAUCACCAUCACAGAAUCCCCAGCUCCCCCUGGCACUCCUCCAUCUCCCGGUCGCUGUAUAUCAGUCUCAAGCCCGGGGCGGGGUCGUAAGAUCUUCACGGUUACCCGGGUGGAAACCCCCCCCGACCAGCAGCAGCAACAGUUACAACUCCAGAGAGCUGGGCUGGCACCUCUCAGCCAAACUAAAGAGCUCUCAAAGAAGCCCAUGACACCUCCUGCCUCUCAAACACCCACAGAAACACAGCAGACACAGGAGGAUGUGAAGGAGCACUCACCUGCACCCGCACUGUCAACAGACUGUAAUGUGACGGAGCAGAGGUCUAUAGCACACUCGGAGUCCACACUAAAUACUCCACAGACCCACACACUAGAGAUGCAGUCGACAAGUCCACCCACAGAAGAUGUAACAGCUAGUACUUUAGACCCCAAAGUCACAGAUCCAAAUCUACAAGCACCGGCCCUGCCCUCCGACUCCCCAGCAGCACAGGCUGGAGCAGUUCAGCUCACUGAGGACGUUAUACAGAGCACGCAAAGCCCCCAACCUGAAAAUACUUCUGUAGAAGGAGAGCAGGAGAAGGUAGAAGAUGGCAGAGAACUGAUGUCCCCUGAUAGCACAGGAGAAGAGUCUAAACAGUCAGAUGAACCAAGUCAAACCCAUGAUAGUGUUCCUGCAGUAGACGUGCAACCUCCAACACCUGCACUUGAACAGCUACAGAAUGAGUUAGCAUCUGCGUCAAAGGAGAACCAGUCACUACACCAAAAGGGAGAGGAGGAGAAACAGGAAGCAUCGGCCAGCCUGUCAGAAAUCGAAAACCCCACUUCAACAGAGGUGGAGGACAACCAGCCAAACCAAGAGGAACCAAGUCCAAAGCAGCAAACAGAGGCAGAUGAACAGAGCGUUAAGUCUGUUCUCUCUGUCCUGACUGAUCAACAGGCUCCUGCUGCCUCUCAGAGUGAGACACAAGAGACAAAUCUUCAAGCAGAAGAAUCCUCAGAGAGUCCAGAAUCUGCCACGACUGGCUCCGUCUCCCCAGUGAAAGAGGAGGAUUCAGGUGAUGAGAGCUCUGCAGAUGAGUGUUUCGCCGAAGCUCUGGACGGAGAGGAGGUGAAUUCAGCUCUACCCAAUGGCCUCAAGCCAGAGUUCUCCCUCCAUCUUCUCGACGCCGAGAGCCCCAAAGCUGGCAGCUGUGUGAUGGAGCACGUGAGUGUGAGCUGUGGACAGGACCUGGAGGAGCUGCUGCUAGAGGCCAGUUUGGAUACAGGAAGAGACGCACCAUGAGGUUGUGAGGACUGUGAGGACAUGAGAGAACAGCACUCAGAUAGUUUGUCUGGCUCUCCUGCGUGACUGAUAAACCUCUGAUGUUUCUGUCGUUUCUUUGACUUUACCACCAACAUCCCCUUUCCAUAAAGGACAGACGACCUGGUGUUACAGUCAAAGCUCCGCGUGCGAAAACUCAAGCAACUUCUGGAAAAUACACAAAGGACAAAAAUCAAACUGUGGAGCUCGGCUUUGACAAAUAAGGAAUCCUGUACAUCCACACUACAUCCACCACGUAUACAUAUGCACACUGAGUAUGAAAAAGAGGAGGGGAGAAGAGGAAUAAAGUCACCAUGUUAUCACUACAUUUUGUCAUAUCUGCAAUCUUUACACACAAAGCAUCUGACGGAGAGAGUAUGGAGGACAAAGGAGGGAGGAUGAACCCCGAACCAAAGACAGAACACAGACCUUUCCCACAAUCCAUACUCGCUCUCUUAUGUAUCGACUGUAGUUGGGGAAAUAACUAGCAAUUAAAGGUUUUUCAUAACACGCACACAGAGACAUAACGAGGACAAGGACGAUGAGAAAAGUAUAGUUGGUGGCACACUCGGAAGACCAGAUAAAAGUCGGGGACCAUGCUGUGGGGACCUGCUGGCUUUAAACACCAAGUGGAAGUCGAUCACCGUCGGAGGCUUUUAUAUUCACGGAAGCUGAAGAUGUUAACGUGUCUGUUUAAAUGUCAGCGUUUUACGUCUGUGUCCCCUCCCUCAAUUAGCCUCUUAGGAAAAAGAAAAAAGAAAAGAAAAAAAAACUGUAAGGGACCUUUGCCAAAGUGGUUUUCCUCUCGUCUGUUUUCUUGUCCUCUGCUCACUUUGGCCCCUCAGGAAUCAGCGUCCCCUCCCGCUGAUGUGGAGGAGCUGCGAGCGUCUGCCGUCGGCCUCCAUUACAACAAAACUGCUUCUGUUUUUUUCCCUUUUUAAGUCACAAUGCUGAAAAAAAAACACAGAACAUCUGUGAAUGUUGGAAAGCAAUGCUAUACGCUUUUGGUUCAGUUAUUUACAGUUUAAAGAAGUUGUCGUCGUUGAUUCUCAGACGCGAUCAUCGCUUUGUUUGACCAGUCAUUGUUUUUGAGAAAAAAAGCAGCUCGCUCUCUGUCCUGACCUCCCCUCUCCUCCCCUCUCCUCCCUUCUGUCGCUCAGUCUUCCGUUGGUACUCGGUGCCAUCUCACCUUCCGCUCCAGCUCAUCAUCCAUGUUGCCUUCAAAGUCGUCACUUCACUCAUCCUUUGUUUUUUCGUUUUGGCUGCUUUGAGAAAUCAGUUCUUUUCUAUUUAUUUCACGGCUGUAUGAGCCUCCUCUGAUUUAUUUUUCCCUCUUUUUCUUCUUCACCACCUUCUCAUUUUAUCUCUUUUUUUCAUUUAGGGGUUGCUUUUAAUGGUUAACCUCCUUUUUUGAUGUAUAUUUCAGAAUCACAAUAGAGCAAAUAUUUAGUUUAGAUAUUAUUUUUUUCUUUUUGGGGUGGGAGGGGGGGAAUCUGUGUUGGGAGGAAAGGUUUAUAUGAUUGAAUGGUUGGUAGCAGCACUAAUGAAAGCAAAUACAACAUUAUCAAAAGCCCUGUUGCUUGAACGCUUCUCUGCUGGGUGAAUCUGUGGCCACAGGGGGCGCUGGUGGUUGUGUUUUUCUAAUUCCCCACAGUGGAGCCAGAACAAAGGAUUUCACAGCAUCACGUAACAAGUCUCUUCACAUCCUGACGUCUCUGUUCAACUCCAUUUCUUGUCCUGAAUUUUCCAAAGCAAGACAGUGAAACUUUACAAGAGAACUGUUUUUUUUUCUUCUCCUGAGACGGAUACAAUCAAGUUUAUUGUUUCGUUUUUUUUCUUCUGAAAAGGAGCAUAUUUGGACCCUCCUGCUCUUCUCCACCCAACAGAGAGUUUGCCCCCACUGUUUGUAAUGCUUUAAUUUUUAGAAAUUUUUAAAUAAUAAUUUGUUAACUUAAUUGAAAUGUGCCGGUAAUUACAAAGAUAUGUAUGGCGAAAUCUGUUCCUCUCAAAUAAAUGCAUGUAAUGACAAAA